AUGACAGAUUUUGAAAACCAAAGAAUAUUGUGCUUAGAGAGUGUAAGGUUAGUUUUAGACAAUUCCAAUAUAACACCCAAAGAGUAUAUGCCAGACCUACCCGAAACUCUCUACGAAGAGAUUAAAUCGACCAUUGAAAACUAUCUGUUCAUGGCCAGAUCAGAGCAAUUCAACACUAGUGUAUCAUAUACAAACGAAGAACUUUUCGAUUCAUUCAAAUCACUUUGGUCAAACUUUAAGAAAUCGGUUAGACUCCUAUCAAAUAUUUUGGAACCACUUUCAAGAGUCGACCCCUACGUGAAACAAAACAUCAUCAGUUUAGGUUUUACUCACUUUAAGAGUAUUAUCAUUGAAUCUACGUCGAUAGCGUCGAUUGUAUUGAUCGAUCAAAACAAAGAAAUGUAA